GCGGUUAGGAGGGAGGGGGCUGGGGCUGGCCGCUUCUACUGUAACUUGACUUCCCCAAGUGCGUACUGCAGAGUGGACUUCACCGAGCCGUGACUCUCCGCACCGGACCUAGCAGCAAACUUUACAAUCUUAGCCGAAGUGAUAAACCAACCACCGACAGGCGGUAACGCGGCUCCCAAAAACUCUUCGAGUGCGUUCAGAAGGCGAGGACCUUCUGAGAUUCCGAUCAGCCAACCCGUUAGUUUCCCCCGUCGCGCAGGCUACCAGACGCUCUCUAUUGUUGCACCCGUGUGCCUUGUGAUGGUCUGAUGUCCGUCAGAUCGCCGAUGUGAAAACCGCUCUUGGGUCGGACAAUCUCGGGAUUCUGCUCACAAUGGGAAAGUUUGUGUUUUUGGAGUCGUCCUUAUAUGGAUAACUAGCGCGCGUGCAAGCCCCGGUGACGUGUGGAUUCAGGAUGAGUCUCCUGCACUUCGCCGUGUUGCUCUCAGCUGCCUGGUUCCUGGCCCACGCAAUCAGAGGUCCCCCGCGUGUGUCGGGGCGCGUGCUCUCUCGGCAGGCGGUGCGUUUGGGGGGGUCCGUGCGGCUGUCCUGUCCUGUGGACGGCGACCCGCCCCCCCUCCUCAUGUGGACUAAAGACGGACGCAACAUCCACAGCGGCUGGCUACGGUUCCGCGUUCUCCAGCUGGGACUGCGGGUCAAGCAGGUGGAACCGGACGACGCAGGAACCUACGUGUGCAAAGCCACCAACGGAUUCGGCAGUGUCAGCGUCAACUACACACUCAUCAUCAUCGAUGACUCUGGCUCUCGCUCCCAGAGGGAGUUUCAUGAUGCAGACCCAAAUUCCAGUCCAGAGGUGUCGCUGGGGAAACUGGUGCGUCCACGCUUCACUCAGCCCUCCAAGAUGCGCAAGCGCGUGAUCGCGCGUCCGGUCGGCAGCUCCGUGCGGCUGAAGUGUGCGGCGAGUGGCCAGCCGCGGCCAGACAUCGUGUGGCUGAAGGAUGAGCGGCCGCUGAGCGAGCAGGAAGUGGGCGUCGGCCGCCACAGGAAGUGGACGCUCAGCCUGCGCGCGCUCACGCCGGAGCACAGUGGCCGAUACACCUGCAGAGUGUCCAACCGCGCCGGACUCAUCAAUGCCACCUACAGGCUGGAGGUUAUACAGCGGACCAACUCGAAGCCGGUCCUGAGCGGGACCCACCCGGUGAACACCACGGUGGAGGCAGGAGGCUCCGCCUCCCUGCAGUGUAAAGUCCGCAGCGACGUCAAGCCCGUCAUCCAGUGGCUCAAACGGCUGGACAACGCGGCCGACGGACGAUACAACUCCACCAUAGAGGUAGGUGACCACCGGUUCGUGGUGUUGCCGACGGGGGAGGUGUGGUCUCGGCCGGACGGCUCCUACCUCAACAAGCUGCUGAUCAGCCGAGCGAAGCUGGACGACUCGGGCAUGUACAUCUGCCUUGGAGCCAACACCAUGGGCUACAGCUACCGCAGUGCCCAUCUCACCGUCCUGCCAGACUCCCGGCAGCCAAUCACACCUGUGCUGGCCCCGCCCCCGAGCGCGGUUCCGUGGCCCGUCAUCAUCGGAGUUCCCGCCGGGAUGCUCGUCAUCUUUGGCUCCGCCCUCCUGUGGCUCUGUCAGACCAGGAAGCCACGCCCCCCUGCACCCCCGCCCUGCCACGCCCCCAAACGGCCGGCUCUCCGCGAGCGAGAGAGGGAUAGAGAGAAAGAGAGAGAGAGAGAGAGAGAGAGAGGGCGCUCGGAGAAGGAGGUGUUGGGCUACGAGGACCUACUGCUACUCAACCAUCAGAAACUUUACCCAAAGAUCUACACCGACGUCCACACACACACACACUCCCACACACACACCGACGUCCACACACACACACACGCACACCUGGAGAGCAAAGUGCACCAGCACCAGCACAUACACUUCCAGUGUUAA